AUGGCAACAAAGCCUACUUCUCCGUGGAGGCCACUCUUCGUGUAUCCUUUCACCAUCUUUGCCACGUUUAUCUGCAUCGUCUUAUAUGCAACGUCGUGGAGAGAUUCGGGCUUGAACUCAUACUCGGGUAUUAUCGAGGGCCGCAAUCUUCACGAUAAUGCAUCAUCUAACUUUACCAAAAGGUCUGCUGCAUAUGAUAAGGCACUUACCAGGGGACGCAAACUACAUUGUCUUAUGGGUUUAACCCAGGAGGAAGCUAAGCAGGCCAACGGUGGGACUUCGCUCGAAAGCCCCGAAUAUCUUCAGCUCUAUCCUGGCAUAGAGGAGACUGAGGGCUGGAACGUUAACUACGAAGACCCGGACGGGAACGCUCCCUGGUUUCGGAACUGUCUAGAUGACGCAUUUCGAGGUCUCGGAAUUGAGAAGAAUAUCCAUCACGAAGCUUGA